GUGUGUAGGAUAAGCCAAUGAACCUUAUCCUCUCUCCAUCUAUUCACAAACCAUCACUUUUUCAAUUUCCCCUAGAAAGAGAGAAUGGAAAACACCACCACCACCACAAACAACCACCCACCCUCCACCACCCCUACCCCAACCCCCACCCCAUUCCCCCACCAACCCCCCUACAACCACCACCACCUCCUCCAACAACAACACCAACAACUCCAAAUGUUCUGGAACUACCAACGUCAAGAAAUCGAACAACAAGUCAACGAUUUCAAGAACCACCAGCUCCCACUAGCCCGGAUCAAGAAAAUCAUGAAAGCCGAUGAAGACGUCCGCAUGAUCUCCGCCGAAGCCCCUAUAUUAUUCGCUAAAGCCUGCGAGCUUUUCAUCCUCGAACUCACCAUCCGUUCAUGGCUUCACGCUGAGGAAAACAAACGAAGAACGUUGCAGAAGAACGACAUCGCUGCCGCUAUUACCCGCACCGACAUUUUCGAUUUUCUUGUGGAUAUUGUGCCCCGUGAAGAGGUUGUUGUUGGUGUUGGUGUUAAGGAUGAUGGGGUUGGUGGUGCGGCUAGUGGGGUGCCGUAUUAUUAUCCGCCGGCGGUGGGACGGCCGGCGGUGGAUCCGGUGGGGAUGUAUGGACCGCCGUCGCAGGCGUGGCAGUCGGUGUGGCAGGCUGGUGAUGAUGGGGCGUAUGGGGGUGUUGACGGUCAAGGGGUUGUUCUAAAGUGUGAGAUUGUGAUUUGAAAAUCUUGAACUUUUUGUAUGAGUAUAUUUGGUUAAAGAUUCAGUGGUUGAAAUUUGAGAGAGAAUUGUUUACAAUGAGCCAAAGUAGAAGUGAUAUUCCACCUUUGAAAAUUAUUCUAUAUGUUUUGUGUUUUAUGCAUUAUUCCAUUUGAUUGUUUUACAACCAAGAAUCCAAAGCCAUAUGAAAUUUGUGUACGCCCCGCUUGCGGUAUGCCCAUAUAAUGUAUAUAUGUGUGGGCGCUCGGGGGGCAAAAGUGAAAGUGCACUAAUUUUAACGUUAUUUUACUAAUUUCGUGAAAAUAAUAAGAGGGAUGGUUAAUCAUGCAUCAUGUGGUGGCGUUGAUAGCCGAAAGACAAGGGAGUACAUGCACUAAUUGGCCUUUGUGUUAAUUGCCGAGUGUUAUGUGCCUUAUGUCCAAGGAUUGAUGCAAAACUACCAUCGAGCCGGGGGUCUCACUGGAAGCAGCCUCUCUAUUCCUACAGGGUAGAGCCAGAGGUAAGGCUGUCUACAUCUUACCCUCCUCGGACGCUACCUUAGCUUUGCUAUUCGUGGGAUUUACUGAGUAUGAUGAUGAUGAUGACGACGACGACGACUUCUGAUACUAAAAGAAUCGAAAACAAUCUACUUGUUUGUCUUUAUAAUCAUCUGUAACAGCCAAAGCUAAUUUGAUUAACAAAGAUCUGUUAAAACUUAAACACGCUUAAGUUUAUGCCUUCUUCUAGCAUAAACAUGUUUGAGUAAUGCAAUGAUU